CUUUAUUUAUAUUAAAUUUCUUCACUCUCUGCUCGAUAACAUCAACUUCAUUUUACACAAUUAGAAAAAAAAAUAGAUAUGUCUCCCCAAACAUAAAUAAGAUUGGUUGUUUAGAAUAUAAAAUAUACCGAGAAAAUUAAUUAUAUGGAUGUGGGCGGGUAUCCAUGGGGCGGGUUUACCCAAACCCAACGCGGUGAAUAGUGAACGGGUUUAAACCCAAACCCGGCCCAAAACCCGUCAACAAGGAUUUUACUCGCGUUGACCGGGUUGGGUCGGGUGGGUACCCGUGGGUUCGGUUUUUGUUGCCAUCCCUACUUCAAAGCUCCAUCCUCCCCGUAAUUAUAUUAUAGUAUAAACCAGUGUUAGUAAGACCGGACCGAGCCGGCCGACCGGACUGCUAAAGCUGCCACCGAGCCUCAAAAUCAGCUCGGGCCAAUCAUUUAACCCCUACGGUUUUAUAGAGUGGUCGGCAAGCGGCCGAGGCGGUUAACCGCUCGAGCCGGUCGCUCAGUUUUCCCCUUCAGACCAUUCUGUUUAAUAAAAAAAAUAAAAAAUAAAAUUAAAAAUUGAAGAAGAGCGGCGCCAGACCCUGCCGCCGUCAACACUUCUCGUCCCGGCUUCACUUCGGCAUCGUCGUCAUCCCAAGUCAGCAUAGCUACUCCGAGCUCGCCAUCGCCAGUCUCCGUCCCCGUCCCCGUCCCCACUUCCCGUAGCAACUCCUCCGCUCUGUCGUCACUUCCCGACACGAUGCUUCCCGUCGCCAUCCCUAGUCUAUGUAGUCGCUCCCACACUCCCUACUCCCGGUUCCCUGCUCGCCAUCGCCAGUCCCCGUCCCCUCUUCCCGUAGCUCCUCCUCUGAUAGUCAUGAUUCUAGAAGUUUUGUUACUCAUGUUUUGGAAUUGUUAAUAGUUAAGAGUGUAAUUUGCUAAUUUAGUCAUGGUUUACCAUGAUUAAGAAGUGUCAACUAUUUAUACUGAUUGUUUAUUAGGUAUCGGUUUUCUAACGAUUUUUAAACGGUUUAAUGUCGACUUGACUGCUAAAAUCUGUGUUGUUCACAUUAUCGAGUCGUAUUCUGGUUCGCUUUUGACAACAUUGGUAUAAACUAUUAAAAUUGUCUGACUUUGGGAUUUGAUAGAGAGAGAGGGGGACGGAGGGGGAAGGAAAAGGUUUGAAGCGGCCGUCAUUCGUACCACCAUUUUCCAAAGUAGUUUCCCCAAAUCUUUCUCCGGCGUACCCUGCCCUUGCCACUCGCUAACCGACGAACGUGGUGGACAUCGCCUACUACCGCCGGCAAAAAGGUCCCCCAAUUAUUGACCAAAUCUGUAUAAUGGGUUGGAUUUAACCCAACUCGUUACUCAUUUAUGGGUUAGUUUUGAGUUCAACAUUACUCAAAUCAAAUUUACCCGGAAAACUCUCUCUCUAAACUUUAUUUUGAAUUUGAAGCUCUCCCUUCUCUCUAAACUUUGGUUUUUCACUUUUUCCCCUUUCAUUCAGGGCUGCCGCCGGUUCCCCUGGGUGUCCGGCGGUAGGCCAACCUCUUUUCUUUCCUGUUUUUUUAUUUUCUUGCUUGUCCUACUGCCUUUCUCCUCCCCUUGUUGGCUUUUUCCAGAUCCUUGUGGUCUUUCUCCAAGUGGUUUUAUCCACAGUGUUUUCUGGUUCGUAGAUCUGUUUGGCCUUGCUCCUUGGAUCCAAAAAUUGCAGCUUGGGGACCUUCUAAUGGUGGUUUGCGAUUGGGGGUCUGCUCCAUGUUGGUGUGCUCAUCUCUUUUGGUGGGCAGAUUCACUAUUCCUCCCUUCUUUCUACCUUUGGUUUGCUUGAUUCCUGUCGGUUGACUGUUGUGGGGUCUGGUGUCAUUUUUGGUGUUGUGGGUUGUGGUUCGCUGGUUCUCUGGAGAUGGUGAAGAAGAAUCUUCUCUUUCCCGGUUCCUGGUCAUCCAUGCCUCCGGCUUCUUCGGCCUCUUUCAGCUCAGAGCAUCCCGGUUUCAGCCUGCUCACCGCACCGAGAUUUCUCUUCCAUGAGAUUCACUGUGAUGGGUCGUCUUUGAACGAUCCCCAGGUGGCGACUUUUGGCGUUGCAAUGUUCAAUAGCCAUGGGCUUGUCUGGUUUCGGGCGAGUUGAAACCUUGCUUGUGCUGUGCUGAUUGUUGUGGAAGCAAGGGGUUCUGGGUUCACUUUGAUAGCCUUCUGUUUUGGAUUCUUCUGUUGGAUUCAAUCUUUUCGAGUUCUUUCUGGCUUUUGCUUUGGUUUGGAUUGCUCUGACUUUUGAGUUCAUUAUUGUUUUGUUUUCAUUGUGUUUCUCCCACUCCUUGUAACUGUGAUUCUCAAUGCAAUACAAGUGCUCCUAUUGUAAAAAAAAAAAAAAAUCCAUUUUACAUUAUCAAGGGUAUAUUGACAUUCCACCUAAUACUUGUUUUAGAAUAUCACACGUUAAAUAACUAUUUAACUAAACGAGCUAGUUGGAGCUAAUUGCAAUAUAAAUAACGCACAUGUCA